AGAAGUUGAGACAGCACUUUGACUAUAAAAACAUUUACACUUAUUAUAGUCAAAGGUUAGCAGUAUAAUUAAUUAGUCGAUUUGAAGGAAAUUUAGUUGACAUAACCUGUAAAUGGUGGCGACGCAAUGAGCUAGCUUUUACGCCAUCCAGUGUCUUAUUUUUGUUGUUGCGAAUAGAUUUUAGCUGCAGAAACAGCUGACAUGGCUGAGUUAUUGCUGGAUCCGAAUAUCCGAGGCUGGGUAUUCUUGCCUAUAGUAGUCAUUACGUUUCUAGUCGGUAUAAUCCGUCACUAUGUUUCGAUAUUGCUCGCCUCGCAAAAAAAGGUCGAACUUCACCAAGUGCAAGACAGUCAAGUCAUGAUACGCUCCAGACUGCUUCGAGAAAAUGGACAAUAUAUACCGAAAGUCGCGUUUAUGACUAGAAGACAUUUCUUCAAUAACGAAGAGACUGGGUAUUUUAAGACUCAGAAGCGUCCUCCGGUUUCCCAAAAUCCAAUGACCGAUCCAAAUAUGAUGACUGAAAUGCUAAAAGGAAAUGUAACUAAUGUCUUGCCGAUGGUACUGAUCGGUGGUUGGAUCAACUGGAUGUUCUCUGGAUUUGUUACAACUAAAGUUCCAUUUCCAUUAACGCUCCGUUUCAAGCCAAUGUUACAACGGGGUAUAGAAUUAGUUACACUGGAUGCUGCAUGGGUAUCCUCGGCCUCCUGGUAUUUCCUCAACGUUUUUGGACUAAGGUCCAUUUAUACGCUUGUACUUGGUGAAAAUAAUGCUGCUGAUACCACAAGACUAGUGCAAGAUCAAGUGUCAGGAGCUGCAAUGUCUAUGCCACCUGAUCCAAAGGCAGCCUUUAAGUCUGAAUGGGAAGCAUUAGAAAUUUGUGAACAUAAUUGGGCACUACAAGGAGUGGAUGUUGAACUCAUGGGUAUCCAAUCGAAAGCAGAGAUAGCUGACAGUAUAUACCAUCAAGGCAAAGCAAAUUAAUGUUUAGCGAUGAAAUUAUUUAACCUAAAAUAAAUUCCAAAAGAAUA